UUACUUCCCUUCGAACUUUUCUCUUUCUUUUUUCCGUAGGCCGAUUCGUCACUUCUUCAACUUCAACUUAAAAUUACUUUGAAUUUUCGUUAACUUAGUGGAUAUGGAAAAGGCGAAUUUGCCCACUGAGAAAGCUAUCGAACCAAACGAAGAUGCCAGACAACCCAUGUGCAACCAAACAUCUGAAACACCAGCCAUGCCUACUGAUGGUGAAAUUAAGAAGAGGAAAAAACAAAAGAUUACAUUUGCAAAGUCAGAAAACACUGAAAAAACUUGCUCUCAAAGCAGCACAGGCACAUACAAAGAAGCCUUAAGCCAGCCAGCGCCGGGCCUCUCUCACCGGCAGAAGAUGCUGUGGCUGCAGAAGCGGCGCGGCGUCGGGCUGUGGGUGCUGUGUGACGACUGCGAGCGCUGGCGGUACCUGGCUGAUGUGCUGGACCGGCAUGAGCUGCCGAAUAGGUGGUAUUGUCGGUUUAAUCCUGACAAAACAAUGGCGGACUGCUCAAUCCCCGAAUCCCCACUCCGAGUCAGAGACGAAGAAGACCUCAUCCACAGCGAGUAUUCAGCCGGGUCGGUGGUGUGGGCGCGGCUGCCGGGCUGGCCGUGGUGGCCCGCCAUGGUGGACGAUUGUCCCGAUACUGAGCAGUUCUACUGGCUGGAUGGAUUCUCUGAUAUACCGACAUACUACAACGUAGUAUUUUUCGAUGCAGCCGACGCGACGAGAGCUUGGAUUACGCCUGAGAACUUGAAGCCGUUCCUUGACAACAAAAAGUCUUUCAGAAAAUUACAGAAGGGCAAAAACAAACAGCGGUUGCAAGCAGCUGUAUCGCAGGCCGAUGAUGCGGCAACCCUGUCUGUACCGAAACGCCUAGAGAAGUAUAGCUUUAUUGCCAGAUACAAUGGGACUAUUGGAACCCCGAAAAAAAUAAGCAAGAAUGUCCUGCAAAAAUACCAAAAGCGCUUGCAAAAGAAGUAUAACAUACAAUUCCCGAUAGAAGGAUCUUCAGAAUCUGAGGAUGAUAUUCCUGAUAGUCCGCCUUUGAGGAGAAAGAAUAACAACGUUAUUAUAGUCGGUACUCCUAAAAGUUCCAAGGAAUCCAAGAAAGUAAAAACUUGUGAAACGGAUCCUCAGAAACUGAGUGCCAUUGUAGAAAAUACCAUUGACAACCUUCAGGAUUCGUUGUUGCAGUCACAAAUCGUAAAUGGUGCAAGUCAAAUAAGUGAAAUUCCUUCUACAAAUGAUGAGACCACUGAAAAUAUUUUCAAAGAGCCGAAUUCCAUGAUUGCACAAGUGGGAACAAACAAUCCUUCAGCUAAACUUCUUGAGAUUGACAAUGCUUUGAAACUGUCUGUACCAGAAACGAUGACUCAGUCGGAGCCGGCUACUAAUGAUACUGAUCCUGACUUCGACAUUCGCAUUGCACCUUCACCAAGCAGUGACGACUUUGAGUUCUAGGCAUGUUACCUUUGAAGAAAAAAUUUAUGUUUUUUUUAUUAACUAUAUUUUUAUAUCUUUACAUAAUAAGUGUAUCCAUAGUACUUAUAAAAUACUUUACUUAAGUAACUACCUUGUUAUAAUGAAUUCUGUGACAAAAAGUUUAACCAUUUAAAUAUAAGCUACCUAUCACAUAGACUUAGUAUAUAUCUAUGACCUAUCAUAGAUUUAUAAUAAACGUUAUUAAAUGUAAGGAUACCUAUUAUAGGUAGGUAUUUUUGAAGUGGACGCCCAAUAAAUAUAUGAUUUGUA